AUGUACAAGGACAGCAGCUGCCGUAGCAGCCCUCAGCCACCACCGCCAACAACGAACGUCGCUGAUCCAGACUCGGAUAGAGCGGCAACGACUGCUAGCACGAAUCUAACUCAGGGCCACCCACCUAAUACGAACUUGACGAGUACAACAACAACAACAGCAACAACUACCACCACCACAACUACUACUCAAGGUACAACAACUACAACAGCUAACGUCCCACCUCAUGUCCAUAGCUCGGCCACCGUAGAAGACGACGAAGAGGACGGCUUUAGUUGUCCCUCUGAAUCGAGCAGUGAUUCGGAAUACGAAAUACGUUCCAGGCCCUCUACGACCAGUACCACCUCAACCUCAUCGUCAUCGACAACCACAGCAGCCGGUAGCGGAGCAGGAGGAGGAGCGCCAAAUUUCGGUUUGACAGCGGGUGUUGGAGGUCCUUGUGUGAGACGUCAGCGCUCCACAACCACCACAGCCCGUCGUCAGCAUCAUCAUCACCGACAUUCGAAUUCCGAUGUACGUAUUUUACGUAAAAUUGGUUAUAUAGCUUCAAGGGUACGUUUCCUGGCCCGCAUCUAUGCCGAUUUUAAACUUGUAAAUCCCUAUACACCCGCCAAGCAGAGACGCCUGCUGCAGGACAUUAUACUCAAACAUUCGAUUGUAGAUCCGGAAAGGGAAUUAAGUAAAGCUGCGGAAGCCUCAGCAAAACCUCGACCCUCUGAUACCCCCUCGGUACGUAGCUUAAAUUCCACCAGCAGUUACAGUGGCCAACAACAAACGGAAAGCUCUUUUGAAGACGAUUCGGUAACGGGUACGGUGAGACGGAAAUCCUCAACAUCGAUAACAGCUUCACCCUCACUGCUGCUGCUCGAAGAUCUUUUGGUUCAGUUAUAUGAAGAUCGUCGUAACAAGGUUACUUUGAUACGCAGACGCCGCAGCAGACGUAGUAGUGCAGGUCAGGCAACAGGUGGCGGCACCACUGGCGGCUCCCAGCAGCUGAAGAAGCCUCUCAAUCAUUUAAUCAUAAUGAGCAGUAAGACGACAAGUAGCAGUGUUGAACGUUUACUACAACUCGACAACGAGGAUGAGGGAGGCGGCGGCGGGCCAAGCAGUCACACUGCCACAGAUGCGGGCAGUGUGGAACGGCUGGCGAAAGGUGGCAAUCACAUUUACAAUGCAAACAUCACAUCAUCUAGUCAACAACAGCAGCAGCAGCAGCAACGCAACAGUUCAAUAUUUCUACAACCCAUUGCGGGGGGUGAGGAAAAUUUACGACGGCGAAGGGCCAGUGAUUGUACACCCCAUCCGGGGCAACCUCUCAGCAAUCAAUUGCAAAUAACGCUUAAAAAUAAUAACUGUACCAAAUUCCCUUUGCAUCGUGGCAGCUGUGGUGGGGCGGGAGAUCAUCUGCUGGCCGCAAAUUCCAUUGCCAAUCGUCAGACCCUAAUAUUGAGUAAAUCGUGUGGCAAUGUUGAUGCCUCGCUGGGCAAUAGCAAUCCCGCGCUCUAUGGUAGUGGAGAUUUGCGUAGCAACACAACAGGGGUGUCAUCGGUGGGUGGUAAUGGUUCAAUGACCACAGCUGGGACAACAGCGACAUCUAUGUGUGGUGGUGGUGGAGGUGGUAGUGGUAUUGGCGGUGGUGGUGGUGCCGGCAGUCAGGCAAUGAACGGCAACAACGAGUACAGUAUUGUCCAAUUAAAUAACACCAUAAUACAGUGCCACUUUAACGAUGAAGACUUUAAGGCUUUGGUCAAGGACCUGAAGCGUAAAGUCGAAUAUACGGAACGCAUGAACUGGUUAUGUCUUUCCAAGCGUCCCAUGGGUCCCCAAUGCCGCAAAAGUAGCUUGCCCAAACAUCAAGAGGUGAAAAAACGUUUCCUGGAAAUAUGCGAUACCACCUUCUCGGAAGAGGUGCGCAACGCAUUGCGUUUGCCGGCCUUCGAUUCGUACGAGUGGAGCGAUGCCGAUAUCAUUCAUUUGAUGCAGACCAUGUUUAUAGAACUGGGAUUUAUUGAGAAAUUCAAUAUACCGUUGGACACAUUGCGGGAGUGGCUAUACGAGGUGUACAAACACUACAAUGAGGUGCCGUUUCACAAUUUCCGGCAUUGUUUUUGUGUGGCCCAGAUGAUGUAUGCCAUAACACGUCAAGCCAAUCUAUUACAACGUUUAGGUGAUUUGGAGUGUCUCAUCCUUUUGGUAUCCUGCAUUUGUCAUGAUCUCGAUCAUCCAGGCUACAAUAACAUUUAUCAAAUAAACGCCCGUACAGAAUUGGCACUAAGAUAUAAUGACAUAUCGCCUUUAGAGAAUCAUCAUUGCUCGAUAGCAUUUCGUUUAUUGGAACAUCCAGACUGUAAUAUAUUUAGAAAUUUUAGCCGAGAAGCAUUCAACCAAAUACGUGAAGGAAUUAUACGUUGCAUUUUAGCCACCGAUAUGGCCCGUCACAAUGAGAUCUUGACCCAAUUUAAGGAGGUUACACCGGUCUUUGAUUAUUCCAAUAGGGCUCACAUAAAUUUGCUUUGUAUGAUUCUCAUAAAAGUCGCCGACAUCUCCAAUGAGGCCCGACCCAUGGAUGUGGCCGAACCCUGGCUGGAUCGUUUGCUACAAGAAUUCUUUGCCCAGAGUGCAGCUGAAAAAACCGAAGGUCUGCCGGUAACGCCCUUUAUGGAUCCCGACAAGGUUAGCAAACCGGGUUCCCAGGUGCGUUUUAUUGGUCUAGUCCUGUUGCCGUUGUUCGAAGCCUUGGGUGAGCUGGUGCCAGAAGUUGUGGAUAUGAUUAUAGUUCCUGUACGCGUAGCAUUGGAUUACUACAAGCGUUUAAAUGAUGCUCAAAACAAAUCUCGUAAAUCCCUGGCCGAUAGCAUUUCAGCUGCCGCCUCAGAGAAUACAAGCGGUGGCUCAGAUGCCAAUGCGGCCUCAACAAGCACGGCUGGUGGUUCGACCGGCGGUGGCACCGGUGGGGCUGGCGGUAGUAAUACCGGUGCUACGAGCAGUGGGGCCGGCAACUCUGGCGGCAGUAUUUCACCCCAAAUGCCACGCUCCCAGUCGGGCAUUAGUGUGAAGUCCCGCCGGAGUAUACCCUCCCAAAAGUCAGCCUCACGCACCUCUGUCGAUGAGCCGGGCGGCAUGCCAGCCGAAUUACAUGAUCUACCGGAGGGCAGUGAAAGUGGUGACUCCGAAACGGCCACAGAGGUUGAUGUUGCUGAGAAAACCUCCAAAUUCAAGGUGGACACCGAAGGCACCAGCAAUCGCUCCAAAUCCUCACAUUCCGCCUCGCGGAAAUCGUCACGCGAAAAACGCCCCUCCAUGAUUGGUGAAAUGUGCAGCAGCGGCAGUGGCCAGCGCAUCCGCAACUCCUAUGGCAACAUCCAUGGCUAUCACUCCAAUCGCAGUCACUUUAGCUCUAAUCGUGCCGUUAGUUUAGACCAAUAUAGCACCAAUAAUCGUCGCCUCUCCGAUGGCCUGCAACAGGUCAUCUCGGAUAGCAAUGUAUUCUAUAAUCGCCACAAUCGUGGCAGUUUGGAAGCUUCCACAGUUAAUUGUCGCCUCGUCGAGGACAUGAAUAUGAAUGCCACUGGAAUUGUGACCGUAGCCCAGUCGUCGGGUGGAAGAGUGGCCGGAGGUUAUCUGCAAUCCAAUACUUCCCCAAUUGUGCCAAAUACAGAAGGUGUCACUUCCAUAAACGGUUCUUCGCUACAGACGCCUGCUGCGGGACCCAAUGCUACCAAUACCACUGCCUCUAACAUGCAACAGCAACAACAACAGCAGAAUAUCAUGUGCAUUAAUACCUUCUCCAAUGGAAACAUAUCGCCCACCCAGCAGCUACAGCAUCAACAGUUACAGCAGCAGCACCAACAACAGCCACCGCGUCAACAUUGUUGUGCUGCAGCAGCAGCGGCCGCCGCUGCGGCUGCCAACAGUGCUCAAAAUGGCUUGACUACCAGUACGACCAGCGAAACUCCUGCCGCCUCCAAACACUCCUGGAAGGCCCGCCUCAAACAAUUCUCCGAUUACUUUAGCUUCUCGUUCGAUAAGAGCUCCAAGCGCUUUAACAGCACCCGCAGCAGCCCCUGUUCGGUGCGCAACAACAAUGGCACCCAGACGGGCGGGCAAGAUGCGGGCGCCACCUAUAUUGAUCCGCUGACCGGCAAGCCCACCACCAUGUGUUGUACCAUCUCGAAUAGCCUGCAAUCGCCGGGUCUGCGACAGAAACACAUUUCCCACCAACACGACUUAAUGUCGGCCGGACGCCAUCGGGCCUAUAGCCUUGAUGUACCCUGCAAUCGCAGUAAUCCACGUUACAGCAGUAGUAGCGGAGGCGGUGGCGACAGCAGUCGCAAAUCAUCCCGCCACGAUGGCACCGUCACCGGCGAGGAGAACAACAGCAACAAUACGCUUCACAGCAGCAGCGGUGGAGGCAGUGAUAUGCCCACCUGCAUGCCGCCACCCAUACGCAUUGGCAGUGUCGAUGCCAGCGAUACAAUACUCAUUACCACUGGUGUCCUGCCAAAUGCAACGUCGGCCACAUUGACACCCGCCACCCUGGGCGAACCGCCCGAGCCAAGCCUGAGCAUUGACUUGGGCCUACAGAGUCAAUCAUCAUCGGCGGAGCCACCGAAAAUAUGACAACGUGGUAGCUCAGAGACGACCACCAACUCCUCGAAUGGAGCCUUUGCUGCACUGCUGCAGCAGCAACAACAACUCGAUGGUCAGCAGCGGGCAGCGGUAAGUGCGGCCA